AUGCCUCAAUUCAAGCUGAAAGAUGUAUCCUCCCUGUCGCUACAACCCGGUGAGAAGCAGGAGGUUGAAGUUGAGGGUGUCGAAGGCGGUAAAGUCCUUCUCCUCAAUGCCGGCGGAAAGAUUACAGCUAUGGGGCCUAAGUGUACCCAUUAUGGAGCUCCUCUCGUAAAGGGUGUUUUAACUAAGGGUGGUCGAUUGACCUGCCCGUGGCACGGAGCUUGUUUUAACGGCAAGACCGGUGAUAUCGAGAAUGCCCCUGCCCUAGACGCUCUUCCUGUUUUCAAAACAAUUGAGAAAGACGGCGCCGUGUAUAUCGAAGGCGAGGAGGCAACCAUCAAGGCCGGGAAGAGAAAACCUAACUUCAAGUGCGGAACAACUGGCGGGACUUUGGCCGACAGAGUUGUCGUAGUUGGCGGCGGUAGCGGAGCAAUUGGUGCUAUUGAAGGUCUAAGGGAGAAAGGGUUCACUGGUCCUAUCACUAUGAUAUCUAACGAAGGUUACCUGCCCAUCGAUCGGACUAAGCUAUCCAAGGCUUUAAUUACGGACCACACCAAGAUCCAGUGGAGAGAUGAGGAGUGGUUCAAGUCUGGCUCGGUCGAAAUAGUACAUGACGAAGUUGUCGACGUCGACCUCGUUGGCAAGGCGGUUAUCACCAAGAACAAGGAGAGAUUCGAAUACUCUAAGCUAAUCCUGGCUACCGGCGGUUCACCGCGGAACUUGCCCGUGCAAGGAUUCAAGGUGCUCGAGAACAUUUUCCUGCUAAGGACAGUUCAUGACGCAAAGAAGAUUGUGGAUGCCAUCGGCGAUAAGGGCAAGAAGAUCGUCAUCGUUGGUAGUAGUUUCAUUGGUAUGGAAGUGGCAAAUGCCACAGCCUCAGAAAAUGAGGUGACGGUAGUUGGUCAAGAAAGCGUCCCACUAGAGAGAGUAUUGGGUAAAGAAGUUGGUGCCGGAUUGCAAAAGUUAUUGGAAGGAAAAGGGGUCAAAUUCUACAUGUCAGCAGGCGUGGACAAAGCCGAGCCGUCUGGAUCAAGCCCAUCCAGAGUGGGCUCGGUGCAUCUGAAGGAUGGCACAAAACUCGAAGCCGAUCUGGUUGUGCUCGGUGUUGGUGUUGCACCUUCGACGGGAUAUCUCAAGGAGAAUAAGGUAAUCCGAUUGGAAGAAGACGGAUCUCUAAAGACAGACGAGAACUUCCUCGUAGUAGGACUCAAGGAUGUCUAUGCGAUCGGAGACAUUGCUUCGUAUCCCUAUCACGGACCUGGAGGCCAAGGCAACUAUACACGAAUCGAACACUGGAACGUGGCUCAGAAUCAGGGACGAGUUGUAGCGCAUCACAUCGUUAACCCGUCGUUGAAGUCUGACUUCUUUACGCCAAUCUUCUGGUCGGCUCUAACGGGACAAUUGCGAUAUUGCGGCAAUUCGAUGCACGGGUGGGACGAGGUUGUGUUGCAGGGCAACCCGGGCGAAGGCAAAUUCGUGGCAUAUUAUUGUAAAGGUGAGACUGUGGUAGCGAUGGCUAGCAUGGCAGUGGAUCCAGCUAUGUCCAAGUCUGCGGAGCUUAUGAAGAUGGGCGCUAUGCCGUCUAAGACGGAGCUUAAGGGAGGCCUAGACAUUCUAACCGUUCCGCUACCGGCUUAG